CGCGCGUUGCGUACAACGCGCAAAAAACAAAUGGCGGCGCUGUCCUCGCCUGAGUCGGAGCUGGUCGAGCUCGAGAAGUUGGCAGCGGAUGCUGCCGCCGCGGCAAGUCUUGCCGAGAGCGAGGCGGCGCAGGCGGAUGCGGCGGCAGACGCGGCGGACGCUGCCGCAAUAGCGGAUGCAGCGGCGGAGGAGUCUGCGGCUGAGGCGGCCGAGGCAGACGCGCAGCCGCAGACUACGUUUGGCUCGGUGGCCGGGAUCGGCUCAUCGUGGCUGGGCUCCUCGGGCCUCAUGGAGGGGCUCGGCCGGGUGGGCAGCGAGCUCAAGUCGGCCGCCACGGAUGCGGCGGGGCUGGCAAAGGCCGCCGCGAGCGAGCUGUCCGAGAAGGGCGCCGCUGCAGGAGGCACACUCCGCUCGACCGCAAAGGCGGCUGUGGGUGCGGCCAAGGCAGCGGCUGCCUCCGCCGCCGAUGCCGGCGUGCUGCGGACCACCGUGGUCGAGUUUCUGGUCAUCAGCGGCCGUGAGCCGCCGCCGCCGAAUGCGAGCGCUACAACGCUCGCUCACAUGCUGCGCGCACGAGGGCUGCAGCUGGUUAAGGCCGCCGAGUCGAGCCGCGCACAGGCGGUCCAGAUGGCGGCGGCGGGGAAGGCGUACAAGGCUCGCGCAAAGGCGGAGGGCAUGCGUGCGGAGGCGGCCAGCCGGGCGGCCGAAGCGGCAGAGUCCGCGUCUCGGCAGGCGAGGCGCGAGCUCGACGCGUCGCUCGCGCGAGUCGCCGCCCUCUAAGCAUAUGGCGGGUCGUGCGGGCUAAUCGCAGCCUCUUUGGAGCCGC